AUUUACUGCGAUGAUCAUUCUUCACUUUCAUUGUUAUUGUGUUCCUACUAACAGUAAAUAUAGUAUUUUCAAAAUGAGAUAUAAUUUUACAUUAUAAUAAUAAUGUUCACUUGACUGGAUACAUUUUUUUGUUUAUUCAGAUAAUGUUACUCUUCAUCUUGAUGGAGUUUUGUAUUUGAGAGUGGUUGAACCUUUCAAGGCUUCUUAUGGAGUGGAAGACCCAGAGUUUGCCGUUACACAGUUGGCACAGACAACCAUGAGGUCUGAGUUAGGUAAAAUCAGUUUGGAUAAUGUAUUUCAAGAAAGGGAAAGAUUGAAUCAUAACAUAGUAGAGGCCAUCAACCACGCUGCAGAAGUAUGGGGAAUAAGAUGUUUGCGAUAUGAAAUUCGUGACAUUCAACUUCCCAGUUCAGUGGUCGAGGCCAUGCAAAUGCAGGUAGAAGCUGAAAGAAAGAAACGUGCUGCAGUGUUACAAUCUGAAGGUCAAAGAGAAGCUGCCAUUAAUGUUGCAGAAGGAAAGAAACAAAGUCAGAUUUUGGCAUCAGAAGCCAGAAAAAUGGAGCAAAUCAAUACUGCCACUGGUAAUCAACUGCACUUGUCGCCAUUAACACAUUUGUGAGAUGUGCGAGAUAUG